GGUGGUUUCCUGUUGAUCGAUCAUUUACUUCCUGAUCAAAUGCUCUACAACUGCCUCUGAAUCAGGCUUAAACCAGGGAGAUACUCCCGAAAAUGCCUUCAAGAAGAUGGUUCCAUUCCAAUAUUAGCGGAUUGGAUGCAGAAAAGUUACUCACCGAACGAGGUCUUGACGGUAGCUAUCUUGUUCGUCCCAGCAAAAGUAAUCCUGGCGAUUUUACCUUAUCUGUACGGAGAAAUGGAGAAGUGACUCACAUUAAGAUCCAGAACAGUGGUGACUACUAUGAUUUAUACGGAGGAGAAAAGUUUGCUACUCUCUCAGAGUUGGUUCAGUACUAUACUGAAAACCCUGGACAGCUCAGAGAAAAAAAUGGGCAGUCGAUAGAAAUGAAAUUCCCACUGAAUUCCGCAGAUCCCACCACAGAGAGGUGGUUUCAUGGGCAUAUGUCAAGUAAAGAAGCCGAGACAGUCUUACUGGACAAGGGUAAGAAUGGUAGCUUCCUGGUCAGGGAAAGUCAAGGCAGGCCUGGAAAUUACGUACUGACUGUCAGGUGCGAUGAUAAGAUCACCCAUGUUAUGAUCAGAAACCAUGGAAAUGGCCAAUAUGAUGUUGGUGGAGGAGAAAAGUUUGAUGAUUUAACUGAACUCGUUGAACAUUACAAAAAGAAUCCAAUGGUGGAAAAAUCUGGCACUGUUGUUCACUUGAGAAAUCCUUUCAAUGCCACAAGGAUAAAUGCUGCAUGUAUUGAGGACAGAGUCAAAGAGUUACAGAAAGAAAACAAAAAUGUCACUGGAAAAGCAGGCUUCUAUGAGGAGUUUGAGGUUCUUCAAAAACAAGAGUGUAAGCAUUUGUACAGUCGAAAGGAAGGAGAAAAACCAGAGAACAAAUCCAAAAAUAGAUACAAAAACAUAUUACCCUGGAGAAGCCAAAGGUACAGAAAAGCAGUAUAUUGCAGCCCAGGGUUGUCUUCCUGCUACUGUGGAAGACUUCUGGAGUGGGGUUUACCAGGAAAACUCUAGGAUUAUCGUCAUGACCACCAAAGAAGUUGAGCGUGGCAGGAAUAAAUGUACAAGAUACUGGCCUGAUCCAGAAACCGUCAAAGAUGUUGGAAAAUUUCACAUCAAACACGUGAAGGAGACUGAACUUCCUGAUUACAUCCUGAGUCAGUUUGAGCUGACAACUGAUGAUGAUUUUAUCCCAAGAACCAUCCAUCAUUUCCACUACACUGGCUGGCCAGAUCACGGUGUACCCAAGGACCCUAGUCCAGUACUAAGUAUCCUUCAUGAGGUGGACGUCAAGCAGAAAUCCAUUCACGGCGCCGGGCCAAUCGUCGUACAUUGCAGUGCUGGCAUUGGCCGAACAGGAACAUUCAUUGUGAUUGACAGCCUUAUUCAUCUAAUCAAAGAACAAGGUCUUGAUACUGAAAUUGAUAUUUCAAAAGCCAUACAAAAUGUCCGCGCUCAAAGAUCUGGUAUGGUUCAGACAGAGGCUCAGUAUGAGUUUAUUUACAAGGCCAUUCAACACUACAUCAGCACCGAAAUGACAAGGAUAAGGCACUCUGAGGGACCCACAAGUGCUGUGUAUGGUAACCUGGCUCAGUUAAGGACCAAAACAGAUGCUUCACCAGCUCUCCCGUCAUACUUCCCUGGCAGACAAGAAGAAGUUAAAGGACCAGCACCCAUGCCACCUCAAGACUAGAAACUUUAAUUAAGGUUUAAAAAGACUCCACUGCACUAAAAAUCAAGCUUAUCUACAUUAAGAAUAACGUUUGAAAUAAGAUUCUCUUCUCGAGCCAAGAUCAUAAAAUAACGAAAUGACAUCUCAAGGUUAUGUCAAGACUAUAAUUGUUAAUCACUAAUAAUAUACGAUUAUUAAUAUUAGAUAUUUGUUCUUUACAAGAAAUAUCCUGCUAUUAGAGAUCCCUUUUUGACUUUCUUUUUUUCGUUGAAUCUUUUUGCUCGACUGGCUUCUGUUGUGGGUCGCCGUGAUCGUUAUGAAAAACUACCUCUGUCUGCAUUUAGCAGUUUUGUUUAACAAGGCUGAUGUGGCGCCUCUCACUUGGUACUCAU